GUUAUUUGGUUUAACCGAAUCAAAGGUGCCCUGCAAAACCCUAGCCUCAACCGAUUUCAGUAUCCGGUGAAAUCAAUCAAAGAUUCCGAGGUAAUUAACGAUGUCGUACGACGAUGUGGAGAUCGAAGACAUGGAGUGGAACGAGGAGCUUAAGUCCUUCACGUAUCCCUGCCCCUGUGGAGAUCUGUUUCAGAUUACAAAAGACGAGUUGAAGAUGGGUGAAGAGAUCGCUCGAUGCCCUAGUUGUUCUCUUUACAUCACCGUCAUAUACAACAUGGAAGAUUUUUCUGAUCAGAAAUCCAAGACGAAUAUUGAACCGGCGAAGCAACAACCUGUAGCCGUCGCUUAAAGAAAUUUCAGGUCAUAAAUUUUUGUCGCAUCAAUUUGAGGUGUGUGCGGAAUUCGAUUUCGAAUUACAUGUUAUGGUUUACGAUUAUUAUAUAUUGGUGUGAUUUGGAUUUUUUGUAAUUUUAUCGCAUGAGUUUGGCUGGCAUGUUAGAAUAUGAUUCGAGUAAAAUCAUUAAGCUAACUGUAUUGGUAGAUUAUAGAGAACUGCUGAUGGUAGCAAUUUUUGAUAACGAAGCUAAGUACAUCAAAAAUCUGAUUCUGUUAUAGAGUUUCUGUUUCUA